CUGUCUAUGGCCUACACCCCAGUGCAGGUGUUAGCAGUUGCAGGGGGCUCUGUUUUCUUGAAAGCAACCCCCCCUCCCAAUUUUCACAUCCGGGAAACCAUCUGGCGUUCCCUGACGCCUUCAGAAGAGCUGGUGGCCACUUCAUACAAAGGAACGCCGGAGAUCCAGUAUCAGUCCCGUUUCCACGGAAGGACUCAACUCCACAAUAACUUCACCUUAGAGAUCCACCCAGUGGAUCUGGAAGAUGCUGGGAUCUUCUCGGUUCUCCUAGUGGACACCACCGGAAAGAUGAAACGAGAAGCUUUUGGGCUGAAGGUUUACGAUAAGGUUUCUACUCCAGUUAUCCAGGUGUUCACAGAAGCAAGGGACGCAAAUAGCUCCUCCGAAGCCUGCAUACUUUUUCUGACCUGCAAUGCGGCCAGCAGGACUAACGUCACCUACGACUGGGCAGGGCUGGGGAGCGAGAGUGGGCACAGCCCAAAGCAUGGGGUCCUGGAGGAGGGCCAAGUCCUACGGGUCAAACUGGACCCCAAGGAGGACCUUCAGGUGAGCUACACCUGCACGGCUUCUAACGCCAUUAGCCAGAAAUCAGCGGCCAUCGAGGUCCGGGACUCCUGCCAACCACGUUCAGGGUCCCCGAAAGUCAAGAUGGCAGGUGGGAUCAAAUCCCUGACCCGUUUUCAUGUCUGUGUGACAUGCAACACAUAAGGGGGAAGAAUUUCAAAACACAAUUGCACCCCCCAUCUUGAAUUUUUGGGCUGCCUCCUGUGGCUAUUCUUCAGAGACCGGUAGAACAAGUUCAAGAAGUUUCUUCAAAAGGAAAAAUACAGUGAGAAGCUGAAAAGAGGAUUGGAUAGGACCUCGGGACCUCUUAAAUGUAAAGUUUGAAGCCAUCUCACUCAUGUGCCACUUUUUUCAGCUGUUCCUCCAUCUUUGGGCUGAUAUCAGUAAAGUUCAACCUAGGAAGAAGAACCAGAAGAAAUGUUGCCUUGAAAAUCACAACAUGCAGUGAUGCUGAUGGGCAGGUAUUUAGAGACAAAAAAAAGGAAAAAUAGAAAAUAGCAACUUGGAUGUUUGGUUUAGGCAAAGGUGCUAUUUAUAUUUUUCCAGCGUCUUUUUUGCUGUAUCUUUCUCAACUGACUAAAAAAGGCUCUACAACAGCAUGUAUUUUGGAUAGCAAUACUGUUUAAGUGCAUAAAGAAUGAGAAAGUUACUACAGAAAUAGGAAAGUGACAAUUUUUCAAACCAGAUGUUCUUGGCCGGUCACUCUCACACAUUUCUCAAAGGCCAAGUGUGCGUCUUUCCUCGAGGGCUGGUAAAUUUUCUUUUCUGCAUCAUACCUGAUUUCUUAGUGGCAUGCAAGUCAAAAUUCCAGUCCCAAUUGUGGUCAAUUAAGCAAGGACCACCUGUAUUGUAUUCAUCUGGAUUGGGGAGGCGACCUGUUUCUAAAAACUGCUUGUCCGUGGUGUCUUAAGCACAGCUGUAUCACCUUCCAAAACCAGCCAAGGUUGGAACCAUCAGCUGCUCCUCUGACAUCCAUCUCCGCAGCCGUUGUUUUCUUUCCACUUUUUUUUUUUUUGCUCAAUGUCAAGCAAUCACUAGCAGAAUCUUGCAGUUUGCACAAUACUAGGUUGUGGUCGCUGUUCUGUUGCCUCUGAUAUUCCCUUAAUUUAGUAUCACUUGGGGGACUUAGCAAGGACUAAAGAAUAUUCCACGGAACACAUUUAAAUUCAGAUUCUUCCUUCUGCGGCGUCCUGGGACGACUCAAGAACAUUACAAAUCAGAAGCUGUGCAAACUUUAAAGGUUUUUUAUUUGCAGUAUUUACACAGAUCCAAGCUACUAAAAAUUAUACAGUAUUUACACAUUUUUUAUA